CCCACACGACACAAGUCGCACAAACGACAGAAGCAUUGUAUAUGUUUGUGAAGGAGUGACCAUCUGACACCAUGACCAUUAGAAACACUCUCCAGGACCAUGGCCAGAGAUACCGACCACGUAUGGCUUCUCUCAAGAAGUCGGAGAAGGUGCUGCUGGAGAUGCAGGACCCCAAAACAGGGCUGAAGUCCCAGCCCCAGAGACUGGUGAUCACAACAAUACCACACGCUAUCACUGGUGAAGACAUCAUUGCGUGGUUAGUUGACAGAUUCCAAGUAGACACUCAAGAGGCCAGGAGCUUCGGCUCUAUGCUGGUAGCAUUGGGAUACAUCUACCCUCUACAAGACCACAAACGCUUAGUGAUCAAACCGGAUGCGUCCCUCUAUCGCUUCCAGACCCCGUACUUCUGGCCCACACAGCAGUUGCCUGUUGAGGACACAGAUUACGCAAUCUACCUGGCGAAAAGAAACAUACGUAAGAAAGGAAUCCUGGAGAUGCACGAGCAGGAACACUAUAACCGUCUUCACAAGUGGAUGAAUCAUAAAUGGGAUUUUAUAGUGAUGCAAGCUAAAGAACAGUACAGGGCUGCGAAGGAGAGGAAGAAACCGGACCGAGUGGUGUUCGACUGCCAGGAGAGAGCCUACUGGGUGGUUCACAGACCUCCACCGGGGACAGUGAGUGGAAUGGACUAUGGGCUGGAUCGACAAAUAGAUCCAAACUCAGAUGAGGUAACAGGUGAUGGUGUGAUCCACAACAUUUUUCACCAACAAUAGCUCUAAUUUACUGUUCAUGAUGCAUUAAAACACUAAAUUUCCCUCUGUUCUUGCAGAUUGGUGAAAUACUGUGCCACCUACAACAACCACGACCCUUUCCUCUCCAAUUGUCUUCCCAGCAACCCCUGGAUCACCGAUGAUGUCACGUUCUGGACCUUGAACAUGUCCUGUGUGGAAAUACCAACUAAGAUGCGUGUGGAGCGAUGGACGUUCAGCUUCGCAGAGCUGCUGUCAGACACCCGAGGACGAGAUGACUUCAGACUCUUCCUGAAAAAAGAAUUCAGCGGUGAGAACUUGGCAUUCUGGGAAGCUUGCGAAGAUCUAAAGUGGGGCAAAGCUGCGUCGAUUAAAGAGAAAGCAGAGCAUAUCUACAAAACAUUCCUGGCACGAGGUGCACCGCGGUGGAUCAACAUUGACGGCAAGACCAUGGAAGUCACGGUGAAAGGUCUGAAACACCCACACAGAUACGUCCUGGACCCCGCCCAAACCCACAUCUACAUGCUCAUGAAGAAGGACUCAUACGGCCGGUACCAAAAAUCUCCGGUGUUUAAGGAUACGGUGAAGAAGGCCAUCUGUCCUGAUGAACACCGUUUCAGUGGUGCCCAGUUGGAGCAAAAUUCUAAGAAGCGACGGCCGAGUCUCAGCCCCAUCAUCCUGCGGCAGAUGGAGCAGGAGCAAAGGGCCAAGAUGGCCGCCAACAUUGACAUCACACAGCUGUGCCGCUUCACCACUCCCGUCCCCCACCUCGCUGUCUACUCCGGCUUCACUGACUACCCCACUGCCACCGCCUCACCCUCCCUCACCUUCCUGGCCCACACCCCGGCCUGUCCGUCCCCCAUCAGCGUGGCCCUGGACAGCACCUCGGUGUCUGAGCGGCGGGUGGAGGAAGCAGAGGGUGACGGGAACCCUGCGGCUCAAGCCCCGGUGGGUGGAAAUGUUUCCAAGUCUCGCAUGGCUCUGUCCCUGCGUCGCCUGCUGAAGGGCGGCUGCACCCCCGCCACCAUGUUCGCCAGCCUGUCGCCCAAAUGUCACUCAGCAGCCGGGACAAGUAGCCGCAUCCAGCCCAUCAGCCCGGACCAACCCAGCCAGGCCCCACCCCGACGGAUUGGAAAUUUUUUCCAGAUUAAAGUGGAUAUUCCCCCAGAGUGCCGUAUCUACCCCAUAGAGUCAGAGGAUGAGGAAGAGGAGAGCCGGGCGGCCUUUCGGGGGGGAGUGGGAGCCAAAGAGAUCAUCUGCCCCUGGGAGAGCCUCACGACACAGAACGGGACGGGCUAGUCGGCUUCAUUUACACAGGAAUAAAAAAAGGGUUAUUUUAAUUAUUUUGAGCAGGCAGAUUUCGCCCAUGCUCUGACAGAGAUAACAGAUCUCAAACAGGACAUGAAGUGGUUAAAUCCCUGUGUAAACAAACGGCCAAUCCUGAAAACUAGAGAUUGCUGUUUAGACUGUGUCCAAGAUUUAACUCCUUAAAGGCAACCUAGUGUUUGUUUCUAGCGUUAAACACAUACUGCCUGUAGGCCUGAAAGGACCCAGUGUAAUGUUUGCCUCAGAAUAGUCCUUUACUCCAAUGCCCGCACUUUUAGAACAAUCACCAUAUUCAUAUAUCCCCAAUUUAUGAGUAAAUACAGUGUUUUCAGUUGUUUAACAUUUAAGUUUUUCCUCCAGUGCAACCCUUUCCCUUUAAGAUAAGCUUGACUACCCAUCAUAAAAGGCUGACAUCUUUUGCCAAGGAGCUUAUAGAUUUCAGUUUGGUUUGGUUUGUUUGCCUGUUUGUCAGCAUGAUUACAGAAAACAACUGGCCCGAUAUUCAUGAAACUCGGUGGAAGUGUAGCAUGUAGCAAAGAAAACCCAUUACAAUUUGGAGCGGAUCCAAAUCAAGGGACAGAUUCAGAAGUUAUUUUUCGCUUUCGCUAACAUUGCGAUAUAUCAUGGCCGAGAGGCGUCUGCGCUCUUCAGGUGUCCAUCUAAAUAUUUAUAUUACUCCUCAAUUAUACAGGUUAUUGGUGUCCUAUCGCAUGGCAGAGGAAGUUGUGAUCAACCAUAUUUUGGCACAUUUGUUGUUUGGAAAUAGCAUCUUACAAGCCAACAGACAGAUACGUGUUGGUUACUCAACAUGUGUUUUUGGUGGAGUAUUUCUUUAAAUAUAGCCUUAUUGACACCAACCCUUUCUGAUGUGAGCACCGGCUUGGCCAGAUUUAAAGGUUAGACCCUUAGUAUUGUGAGGUGCAGCUCGACUAGAGGACAACAGGGUGUACACACAUCCACAAGUUAUGGACUCUUGAGCUUUAGCUUUCACAUUCAAACCUCAUUCUGUAUUUAUUAACAAACAGUAGCCCGACAGCAGCCUUAUCCUUGCAUGUACACAUGCAUGUACACAGAUAUUUAGGCCUAAAGAUACAAAAUAUAAAUGAGAAGAAAUAUUAUUUUUGUGAUUGCCAAGAACCAUGAAUAAAUGUUAUAUAAUACAUAAAAUACGAUGUUUACAUCUUGUAGGCAGACACAUUUGAUUCUGCCUAUGCACAUGCCUGCUAACAAUUGAAUAAUGAUCUUUGAAGUAGAGAAGUGUUUUUGUGCUGCUCAAUAGAUUUAGAUGCUUCGUCCACAUUUUACUUACCUCUUACACACAUUAUGUGAAAAUAAAUAGAUCCAGUUCAGGUUAAAAUGAGAGCACAUGAACAGACCGUCUGCAUGUUGCUUUUUUGUUACUGUAAUGGGGGCCGGGUAAGAGUUUUGUAUUUAGCUUCACUAAUGUUUAGUAGCUGUUGUAUGCUGUGCACUACUCUGAGCGAGGUUUUGGUAUUUUUCUCACAUAUCUCCUUUGAGGGGGAUACAGUACAAUGUGAAUUUACUGUCAGAAUGUAUUAUCUUUACAAUGUUUACAGAUGCAAGAAUGUGAAAAGUACCUUUUUAAUUUGUGGUAUUUGAUUUGUACAUUCCACAGCUUGUGUGAAGUGCCUAAAUAAAAGUCUUAACAAAAAAGGCU